UCCAGAGUUACAAACAGGGUGUCCACAAACUUUGACUGCGCGCCUACUUUGUUAGCUGGGACUCCUUGGUUUGAAACCUUCUCGAAGUGGGAAAGCCAUUUUUCUGGAGAAGUGCUUUGGUGAAAACUUCAGGUUUUGAGAAAGACAAUCAAGAAGUGUGUUGACGAUCAUGAAGUACAUAAAAGCGACCCCCGAUCACAGUCAGUCUUCAGAUGGGGUGAACAAACAAACCAACGGGGGGAGGGGUGACGAUGACGGUGAUGAGAAGGACUGUAACAACCAGGACAACUCUCCUUCCUCUCUCAGAGACACAGACGAUGAUGACGCUAAGGACGAUAACAAAAACGCUAAAGACGUAAAUAACGAUGGCUCCACAGAGAUAACAAGGCGCACCAAGCGACGUACCCGGAAGAAGGCGGCCAGCGAGGAGGGGCCAGAGCGCAGGUUUGUGGAGCUCUUGUGUCCUGAGGUGGGGAUAAAGCUGAGGGACAGAGUCAAGGAGCUCACUGAGCCGGGGAAAGGCGUUCUUGACAGCUAUCAUGGCAAACUGCAACACGGUGGCGCUGUUCGCCAACACCUGUCAGAAGGCGGGGCUGGUACCCAUCGCCUCGAUCGAGUUGGAUGCAGGCCACGACCACGAUCUCCUCAUGAUCCGACUCGCUUUCGAGGAGGUCCUGGCAUUUCUGAUGAAAGCGAUGACGGAUCACCAUGUCUAUAUAGAGGGUUUGAUUAUCCGAUUCAAAGCCCUAGUGGCAGCGCCUGUGAGGAACCGCUUAAUGGGUGUGGCCGGUGCUACGGUACCGCCCUGGGCUCAGUCUGCUGGUCAGUCUCCUGCUCAGUCUGAUGGUCAGUCUGAGGGUCAGUGUGCUGGUCCGAGGGGUGACCAGAUGGUGUCCGAGCCAGUGCUCAACCCCAAGCUGGUCAGAGCGGCGAGGCGUGCUGGGUGUACUCUCAAGGCCAUGAGGAGGUCUCUGCCGCCGGCUCUGGGUGGUGUGAUGCUGGCCAAUGACAAGACCCUGGAAAGUUCCACCACGGUCCUGGACCGUCUGCACAAGAGCACGGGGGGUCAGCCGUUCCCCCUCAGCUUCUGCUACAGCCGGGUCAUCCAGGAGGGCGUGCUCAGUGCCUGGAACGGGCGGGAGGAAAACCUGGAGACGGCGUGUAACCUGCUGGUCAAGAGAGCAAAGAUCUGCAGCCUCUCUGCCAUGGGCCAGUUCUCGGACCCCAACGGUUGCGUCUUCAUCACCAACGUCUCCAGUGUUUAGCAACGACGCUUCACUGGGUAGCAGAAGUGAUAGAUAAUAGUAAUAUUACAACAAAAUUUGAAAACUCACACAAUAAUUGUCUUGUGACAUAAACUUAAUGAGCUCAUUUAAUACUCUGGUCAUUAUUUCUGAAA